AUGUCGGAUCUUGAACCUGAAGACCAGCCUGAUUAUAAGCGUCGUCGUCGCUUUGGCGCUGCAGCCCCUCUUUCGAAGCCAUUUAAGUCCCCAUUGCGCACUCGAGGUGCCCCCUCUGUCCUGCUCUCACCUCCCGACACGACUUGGACCCCUCAGUAUGAACCCGAGCCAGCUCAAGACUCGACCUCAUUCAAUGCAGGCCCAGAGCCACCAACGACCGCCCGGGGCCUUCCGUUUCAGGAUCGACUUGUCGUGACCACCCGAUCCGUCUACCCGGACUCGGAGCUGUUGGAACUACAGAAGAAGUAUCGCACUCUGUUCUCGCAGCGCAUCACGCAGGAAAAGAUAAUUGAGACUGCACGUCAAGCUUUACGAAUCGAAUCAUCAGGUACCGAUGCCGAUCUGGAGACGUCGAUCAACAAGUGGCGUCUGAUCAGCCAGGAAGCAGCCGAGGAAGUCUUCACCGACGCCAAAGAGCGUGUCGCUCGCAUAGGUGGAAUGAAAGUCUGGAGACAACGCUCUAAGCAAGAUGCCUCGCGAUGGGAUGAAAAUCAGGCUCAAGGCCAGGGUUUUAAGUAUGACGAAGACAUGGACACACACCCUGACACUCCGGGUCAUCUCUUGGAUAGGAAUGGCGCGGCUACGCAGGACGAUGACACUGAUGAGGAAUUUACGAUGGAGUUCAUGCUUAAGACACUCAACGUCGAGCACAAGACUAUCGGGUUCGAUGCGGUUAUGGGGAAGUGGGUUCGGAAGUGA